AUGUCGAUUAAUAUUUGCAGAGACAAUCAUGAUCCUUUCUACCGUUACAAAAUGCCUCCUAUCCAGGCCAAGGUUGAAGGUAGAGGUAAUGGUAUCAAGACUGCUGUUUUGAACCUUUCCGAUGUUGCGCGUGCGUUGAACAGACCUCCUCAAUACCUGUUGAAAUACUUUGGUUUUGAGCUUGGUGCGCAGACUUCUGGUAAUGUUGAGACCGAGAGAUACCUGGUGAACGGUGUUCACGAGCCAGCUAAGUUGCAAGAUGUGCUAGAUGGUUUCAUCAACAAGUUCGUUCUGUGUGGCAGUUGUAAGAACCCGGAAACCGAGAUCAUCAUCACCAAGAAUGACGACUUGGUCAGAGACUGUAAAGCCUGUGGUAAGAGAACUCCAAUGGAAUUGAGACACAAGCUUUCAUCUUUCAUCCUAAAGAAUCCUCCAAACACCUUAGCAGGUUCUAAGAAGAAUAAGAAGUCCGCCACCGCUUCUGCCAACGUCCGUGGUGGUGGUGUUUCCAUUAGUGAUAUCGCCCAAGGUAAGUCCCAAGGUGGUGAUGAAGAUGGUGAAGGCAAUGCUGGUGACGAUGACGACGAUGCCUUGGCCAGAGAGAUUAACGCUGCGGCUUCCGAACUGGAGCAAAUUGAGGUCAAGGAUGAUGAGUGGGCCGUCGACAUGUCUGAAGAGGCCAUCAGAGCCCGUGCCAAGGAACUGCAAGUCGCCAACGGUGCUGUUGACACUGAGCUAACGAAGCUUGAAGAGUACGGUGAAUGGAUCAUCAACGAAGCUGGUGAGGACAAGUCUAACCUACCAUCCGAUGUUGAAUUGUAUAAGAAGGCUGUUGAGCUAGAUGUCCUGAGCGAUCCAAAGAUUGCCUGCGUCUUGGCUCAAUGUAUCUUCACCGAGGAUAUCGUUAAUGAAAUCUCUGAGCACAGUGCUUUCUUUACCAAGGUAUUCGUUAACGCCGAUUACGAGAAGAACUUCUUGGGUGGUAUCGAGAGAUUUUUGGGUCUAGAACAUAAGGAAUUGAUUCCAACACUACCCAAGAUUCUAGUGCAAAUAUAUAAUGAAGACGUCGUUUCUGAGGAAGAAAUCAUGAGAUUUGGUACAAAGAGUUCAAAGAAGUUUGUUCCAAAGGAUGUUUCCAAGAAGGUCCGUAGAGCUGCUAAGCCAUUUAUCACCUGGUUAGAAAAUGCCGAAAGUGAUGAAGAAUCUGAUGAAGAGUAA